CGCGCUUAUCCGGCACCUGAAGACAAGGGGGUGCGUUUCGUGGAGUUCAGCCAGUGGCGGCGCGAGGUGAUUCAACCGAUGUCUCUGGAUUGCCCUGCGUGUGACGUUCAGGCUCAAAGCUUAGAGGCGCUGCGAGAGCAUAUUUGCUUGCGUCAGCAUGGCCCCGCUCGGGUUCGCUUCAUUCGCGACUCAGAGAACGUCGGCGGCAAGGCUCAGGGGCGCACCAGCACAGAUGUCGUGGAAAGUGACCAGCGCGGCGGUCGCAGCCUCAGGUGGAUCGCAGCGAGGAUUUGCACCCGCUGGCUUAGGCGGAGACGCAGCACCACCAGCGGCGAAAGGCCAGGGCGCGAUGGGCAAGGGCGCGCCGCAGAAUUUCAACAGGGUCACGCGCGGCGCUAGAGCACCCGGAAAGGUCGACGUCGAUUUGGUGGACGCGGUGAUCUCGUUGCAGAAUCUGGGGCUGAGGACAGAACCAAAAGUCUCGCGAGUGCGAGCACUUGCUGGGCGUGUUCUACCUGGUCCCGAAAUCGAGCAUGGUGGCACUGAAGGUCGUGCAGGGAGGCCAGGACUACAUCGCGGCUGUGGCGACCAGGGGGGCGAGGGCCUCGUCUUCAGCUACGAGAGCGGGCCGAAGUUCGUGAAGGAGAUAUCCAGCAUGAUCAAAGGAAAGGAGGCGCACAGCGAGGAUGGCGCGGAGGACAAGGACAUCCAGGCAACGCGAACGUCAACAUCAACCCGAUGCCAGACGUGGCGAUGCUGAUCGAGCGAUUGAAGGCGCACUUGGAGGGCGACAUCCUGCCCCUCGGCUCCUUGACGGGGGUGAUCAUGAAUGCGCUCGAGGCGGCGGGCGCGGUCGCCGGAGAGGCUCCAGAGCCCAGGGGCGAAUUCGCCAGGGUCGUGGAGCGGCAGUUGCGCGGGCCUGAGCAGCAGAAGUAGUAGGAAGAGAGGCUGCCAGCAACAUCUUCCGCCUUGAACGGCUACGGACUACGGCAGCAAGUGGCAGUAUCCAUGCACAGCGUAGUUACGCAUUGCACUGCAAGUGAGAGCGCACCGUUCGGGGGGGGACUGCGCCUGUUGGCUGGCAGGUCCCACCCCAAGGCGUGAAAUCCCCUGUGCCGACGUUACGGGCACCGCAGGACCGCUCCGACGGCUGGCAAAUGCCAAGUGAGGCGAUUUGGCCUUCGGAGGUGCAGCAGAGGAUGCCCCCGAAACGAAUAUCAUAUCACCAUAUCAUAUCAG